CAGUGUCAUGUUACCAAAGUUUUCUCCAUGUACUUUUUUACAGAUAGUACUCCGGGAUUCAGACCCUGUCAUACUGACAUCAUAUCGAUGUUCAUGUCUGGCAGGCACUGCAGCGUGUAGUCAUACGGUUGUCCUGUUGUUUCAAACCGCACACUAUUCGGAGCUUAAUGUGAAGGUUGUACCCCCCGUCCAUGCCUGCACUGAGUCAGAGAAACAGUGGCACGAGCCCAGGACAGCAGGAGUGAAACCUGGGCCAGUACACAAAAUGGUCAUCACCAAACCUAAGUCCAACCGGCUCACAGAAGGAGAAAUCAGAAGUACACUCCAAAAAGGCUUGGUUGGUGACCCCCUGGACCUCUCCUUGCUACAGAUUGAGGACGCAUAUAAAGACUUCGAUGUCACAGAGAAACCUCUGAUAGCAAAUAUGGGCAAUGGUGAUGAGAAGACCCUUGUUCAGACAGCUUAUGGCUUAGCACAAAAGGGAAGUGUGCUGUCAUACCAGCAGCCCAUAUUGCCCACAAAGUCUGUCAGCAUGCAUCAAGAUACUCCACUUUACCCACCACCGCCUCUUGGGGAGUACAGGCUUGCUCCGACAGUGUGUGUGCAUGUGUGCGCCGAGGAGGAGCAGUUCCACCUGAAAAGCUUGACGGUCACACUAGACAUGGCCAGAAAAAUUGAGGUGUCAACAAGGGAGCAGGCAUCAGACCAGGAGAGGCAUCAGCUCCGUAGGCCUAGGAUCACCUCCUCAGAGAGGUGUGUUUUGUGAAGGGUGAACACAAUGCAGUCUCUUGCAGAGAGGAUCCUAAAAGGAACUAGGCAGACAGCUGAGAUGAGAAGAGGCACAGACAUGGAGUUUGCAGUGGCAAUGGAAUACUGCAGGAUGAAAAACGUCAGCUACACAUCAUGCAGCCUUGUCAUCCACCCUGAUGCCCCGUGGCUUGGAGCCUCAUCUGAUGGGUUCAUUUUUGA